GUACUAAAUGACUUGGGCACCGGCUUGGCGGCUUGGAAGUACUUUCUCCCUUAUAUCCAGUCUAUUUCUUGAAAUGGCAGGCUUGGGCAAUUUUGCAAAUGGGAUGGCGGUUGUUGCAGCAAGAGCAACAAGAUUACCUAUAAUUAGCAUCUACUAUUUGUUCAUCGGUGCAAGGAAAGGUAGUCAUAUCAAUGCCUAUAAAAAAAGGAAAAAAAAAAUGGAAGUAACACAACAAUUUGGAGUUAGAGAAGAAAGGAUGUAUGCUGUGGCCUGUGGACUGAGAAGAAAGUUUGGCUUGAUUAAGUUAGUUGCAUGCUUGGAUGGUGGUAUGCUUUUUGUAGUGUUUAUGUACAACUUAUUAGGAUUGUUGAAACGGAAAUAUAAAACUAGAUAUGUGGUUAUUGUGAUAAUUCAUACAAUAUGCUUUUUGAAGUUUUGCUAUUCAUGGCAAUAUGGUUUACUAUAAACAUCAUAGCUUUUCAAGGUCCAUGAUGCAUUAUGAAUUUAUAAUGAAGAAACUGUUGUUGGAAUUAUAAUUUUAUGUGCC